AUGGGGCCGGGACGGGACCGGGACCGGGACCGGGGCCGGGGAUGGGGCCGAACCGCCGCUCCCACGGACAGCGAGGAGGAGGCGGCCGCGGAGCAGCCGCUCGGGAGGCUGGAGCCGGCGGAGGAGAGCUCUGGCUYCAGCGACAGCAGCGACGAUGACGGGAGCGUGGCGGGGGCAGGCGGGAAAGAUCAAUCUGACAUGUCUUUUGAGGAGCUCCUGAGGAUGCAGAGCGAUGCAAGGACAAGAGUGACCAAGAAGGUGACUGGUGGGAAGAAAACUGCAAAGCCUACCAAAGCUUCAGCAAAGCAGCAGCAAGGCAAAAAGGGACCACUGGAGAUGUCUGCCAAGAAGCCUGUGCCUUUCCUGCGACAAGUUGUCCCUGUUAGGAAGAAGGUCCAGAGAGAUCCUCGAUUUGAUGACCUGUCUGGAGARUAUAAGCCUGAAAUAUUUAUGAAGACAUACAGCUUCCUGGACGGCAUCAAGAAGCAGGAGAAGGAGAUGGUUCAGAAGCAGCUGAAGAAAUGCCGGAACUUGGAGCAGAARGAGAAACUUCAGCGGCUCCUGAACCGUAUGACACAGCAGGAACAGGCACAGAAAAAACAGCAGAAGUUGAGAGAGAGGGAGCURUCUUUGAAGAAACAACAGAGGGAAUUGGCCAAACAGGGAAAGAAACCCUUCUUCCUAAAGAAAUCUGAGAAGCGGAAAUUGGAGCUAGCUGACAAGUAUGCAGAGCUGAAGAGGAGUGGAAAGCUGGAGAGCUUCCUGAACAAGAAGAGGAAGAGGAAUGCCAUCAAAGACAAGCGCCACCUGCCCUCACACAAGAGUUUGUGACUGUUGGACAUGCUGUUGUCUGGUACUGGGACUCAUCCUGCCUUGGCCAGACCUGAGAGAGGCUAUCCCUCUUCCCAGUGUCUGCCUUCCAUUGUACAGUGAUGCUGUAGGGCAGCAGAGCAGAGGCUGAACUGAAGGAAAUAGUGGGGUUUUUGUAGCUGAAGUAUCAUCUUUGYUCGUGGUUUACAUCAGGCGUGGGUGGUGACAAGUGUGUCGUGCAGAUGCUGCUGGUGAUGACAGCUGUCUUUGCCCUGGCACCUGCUCAUUUCCAACUCUAGCAAGGGAAGUGUGAGCUCUGCCCUGCACUGCUGGCUCUGCUUCAGGUUUUUUUWGACUUCUACUGAGGCAGAAAAGGACAUGGUGCAAUGCCUGCUCAGAGCAGGGYUAGCCCUGACUUCAGAUCAGAUUGCUCAGGGCUGCUUUGGUGGGGUCUGGUAAUGUCAGAGGACAAAUAUCCUCACCUCUUUUGGCCUCUGCUCUAUGCCUCGGGUUCUUCAGAUGGAACUUUUUCUUCCCUCCCCAGGGAACCUGCCUGGUGUUAGUCCAUAAUCACUGUCUUGUUCUCAGUGAAGUGCCUGGCUCUCUCUUCUCAGCAGCUUUGUCACAGGUCUGAGGGGUGGGAGGGAAAGGGGUGCCAUAAGAUCUCCCCAAAGSCUUUUCUUCCUAUGGGUGAAUAUAAAUCCKGUYCCCUCAGCCUUYCCUUGCAGUGCUCCAGCCCUGGACAACUUUCCCAUACUCAACUGGAGACAGCCCACAUAACCAAUAUGCAUCUUUUGGUGUCCCAGCAUGGAUCAGUAUCUGGAUGUAGUCUCACAAGAGAUGAGUUAAGGUGAGAGGAUCACGGUGCUCCACAUGGGCCACUCCUGGUGAUGCAGAUCUGGGUGUGACUGCCCUUCCUCAUGCAUGGGAUGUGCUCAGGUAUUGGUACUUGGGAUCUCUCCUUCAGGGCAGCCUGGCUUCUCAGGGUCAUCUCCACAGGGUUAUUAGUGCUUCUAGGAAACUGAUCCUGGAGGAAAUAAAAUACCUGCUUUUCUUUAUUCCCACUGUCCAUGCUGUA